UCACAAACACCAAAAUACAAGCCAACAAACCUUUCCAUCAUGAGCGAUCACCUUGCCCGACCUUUUCGUUUUGAUGGUCUGGUUCAUACCUUUCCUGGGUAUAUGUUCCAUGAGCAUGUGUUUAUAAAUAGUCAUCGCCACCUCCAGCACUUUAACAACAGAAGGCUCCAUCACAUAACUCAACUCGACCCAUACGAGUUCAACCUCUUCAAAUAUGACAUCAUUUCCCUUAUCUAAGGAUUAGGCUGGGAUUUCCUUCUUCGUCAACCCUUCCUCCUGCCUAUCCUGGUCAUGUGAAAUACUUCUACUCUAACCUUCAUUGUUAGGGUGUGAUACUCGAAGCUUCACCACUGUUGUCUACGCUCAUCUUCUGACCAUUCCCGUUGAAGCUCUAAACGGGAUACUUGGAUUUCCAUCUCAAGGACUUGACAUUGCUCAUCCAUCUCAAGGACUUGACAUUGCUCAUCCAUCCAAGUUUUGGAAGUAAGAGUUCAAGAUCAACACUGAGUAUGAAAACUUUUCAAUAAAACCAACUGGAGGAUCUGAUGUACCUAUUCCAACAAGCUGGUUUCCUCCUCGCUUAAGCAUUUUUCAUUACUUCCUUACUCAUGUUUUCCUCGAUCCUUUAAUCUUGAUCGAGUUCUCCCCAUAGACCUCUGGAUAAUCUCCAGCGCUACUACCAGGCGUAAGCUUGACUACUCCUGCCUUCUAUUUUCACACAUGCUCCCUGCAGGAGAUGAAAACUAUCAGGGCCUUCUCCCUUUUGGUUCAAUCAUCACUCGACUGCUCAUCAAUUUGAGAGUAGACCUGUCUGAGUUUCGGAGUGUGUCAUCAACAAUGUAUGUAAGCGCACUAAAUGUGCUUAUGAUCCAUAAUCUCCCCGCUGAUAUUCCUCCUCCCCCUCUUCUUUCUGCCUCCAUUCUUGGCCCCCGUCCUAAGCCUUCAUCUUCCAAGAAGGCCAAGUCUGCUGGAGAGCCAAGCAACACUAGUGAUUUGGUAUUCACUGUGUCCGAAGGCAACUCCUCGUCUGAAGACUCAGCUACCUCUGCUCCUGCCUCUGCUUCAUAGCUGUCCCUUUUCUCUAAGGGGAUGAUCUCUGCUUGUUCAUUUUAGCAAAUGCUCAAGUAAUUUUGUAAUGUUGUCCUAUAGAUUAGGAGAAGCAUAAGUUUAGGGGGAAUCAUUCCCUAUUAUGUUUACAGUUCCCUAUGUUUUGGAAUGUUUUCUUUUGCUUUGCUAUCCUAUAGAAUAUGAGUAGCAUACGUUUAGUGGGAACCUUCUUAGGGUUAUUGUCCUCACUUAUUUUGUUCCCCUAUCUUUUAAGUUAAUGCAAUUUCCUUUUAUUUGAGUGUUGUGAUCUGCUGUUUGUGUUUCUUCUUGUUUCGGGAUUCUCAGACUUGUUGAACGAAGGGGGAAAUUGUUGGCAAAAAAUGGCACAUUAUAUGACGGCGUUUCGUUCUUCCAAGUCUCCAAGACACAAACAAAGCAAUCCAACUUUUCAUCUUCAUCGAGGAAAGCUUCUGCCUCAACCUCUCUAAAACUCUCUCGACAUCUCUCUCGAGUACACUCCAUCCUCCCUAGAGAUCACUACAGAGUGGGCACCGCCCUACAAGGGAUUUUGGAAAAGAGUCAUCAUGAGAUCCUGGAGACUCUAGCAAACGGUCAUCUUCCUCGACUGUCUAUAAAUUAGGUAUUUUUUC